GGCCGGGCCCUCCCUCGUCGGCGGGACGCGGCGGUGGCGGCGCGGGCUCGGUCCCCGCGCAGGACAGCCGGGCAGGAGGAGAGCGGGCGGCUGGCGGGCCAGCAUGGAGCUGCCGGCGGGGACGGGCGCCAUGUUUGCACGAGGCCUGAAGAGGAAAUGCGUGGACCCCGAGGAAGACGUGGAAGGCGCCCUGGCCGGCUUCAGGGCCGUCCCCUCCUACAGCCUGCAGCGACAGUCGCUGCUGGACAUGUCCCUGGUCAAGCUGCAGCUCUGCCACAUGCUGGUGGAGCCCAACCUGUGCCGCUCGGUCCUCAUCGCCAACACCGUGCGGCAGAUUCAGGAGGAGAUGAGCCGGGACGGCGCGUGGCACGGGCCGGCGCCCCCGUGCGCGGGGCGGGCCCCGCUGGACCGCCUGGUCUCCACGGAGAUCCUGUGCCGUGCCGGCCCGGAGCCGCCGCCCAGGGACUCGGCAAGCAGCCCCCAGGGGCACAGGGGCUUCCAGAGGUCACUGGAGCAGGUGUUGGAGACACUGGAGAGCAGGGGCCCCGGCGGCGUGGAGGAGCUGUUCUCAGACGUGGGCGCCAGGAGCGGCAGGGCCGGCCACCGCGACGGGCUCGAGGGUCUGGCCCCGGGCCCCAGCUGCAAGCCUGACCUGGGCGAGCUGGACCACGUGGUGGAGAUCCUGGUGGAGACCUGAGGCUCUGCCGGCCCCGCACGUGACAGCGCUGGCUGCCUUGCGCCGGCAGGCGGCCCCGCAGGCUCAGGCGUGGGCUGUGGCCGCGUGCCGGGACAGCGCUCGGCUGCACCCCCGGACGGGAGGGCAGGACGGAGGCCGUGUCCGCGGGGAAGGCUCCUGAGGCCCGGCCACAGGGCGCCACCGUGGGCUACGUCCAGCCUUGCUGAAAUUGGGAUAGGUGACUUUUAAAUUAAGUUUUAUAUGUUCGGGCCAAUAUUUUGUCUUAAAAUAUAUUUUUUGCAAUUUGUAUACUUCUGUCUUUUAGAUCGACCUUUCCAGCUAUUUUUUAAAAAGUGUAUUUUUCUAUGAAUAUCCUGUGCUGCUACGGUAGACACUCUGGGGGCCCAAACACCCACCGUCAGUGCGCUCGUCUGUUAGGGCUGGGUGAGGGGCUCUGCCACCCAUCGCCGUGGACGGCCCUGGUUGCCGCUGUGAGUCCCCGUGUGGCCAGGCUGGGGUGUCCGGCCGGGCUCCAGCCUGGACCCCAGCCCGCCGGGGGAGGCCCCCUGCCGCGCCUGCUUGCUCCGGGCGCUGCGGGCGCGCUCUGCACCGCGUUCUUUAUGCUGCUCCCUCCGGGCGAGGCUCUGCCUCGGAAGCCCCCCUUGGCCACAGCUGUGUUGUUUUGUGCAUGUGACCUGUAGCAUCAGCGACGUGACCUUCAUUAAAUUUACCCAG